AUGGCUUCAACUGCUAUACCGGAACUAAUUUCAUUGAGAGUUGUUGUGGACAAAGAGCAAAACAGAGUGCUCUAUGCUGAAGCAGGGAAGGAUUUUGUGGAUAUUCUUUUAAGCUUCUUGACACUGCCGCUGGGAACUAUUACUAGACUCGUAAGCAAGGAUUCAAACACGGCUUGCCGAUUCGGAUGCAUAAGCUUGCUGUAUGAAAGCGUGGGAAAUCUGGACCCCAAGCAUUUGAAAUCAGAGACAUGCAAGCAAAUGCUGCUUCAGCCAAGGAACUCAAUGGAACGUUAUAAUCAAAACCUCAAACUCAACAUUGAUGACACUAAGCCAACCAAGUAUUAUGCUUGUGGACAUUGUCUUUUUCAAGGACCUUCUCUGGUGAGCACUUUCAAGAAUAUGAAAUGCAUAUGUGGGCGGGUUUUUACGUUCCUUCUGAACCCUUGCAAAUCGCUCUUAUGCAGUCCUGUGGUUGGCGGAUCCGAUAAAAACGCGAGUGGCAAUGAUACUAGAGAGACGGCACUCACAGAUUCAUUGUUAAGGAAGGAGCACAGCCUUGUGAAUUUUGAAAACUCAUUCAAGAUAACUGCGAGACCAGGCAGAGAGAACACUGGAACGAUGAAGAUGAAGGUAUUGAUCAGAAAAUCAAAGUUCAAGAUGUUGUGUGCUCAAGUUGAGGAAGAUUUCAUAGACCAGCUUCUCAGUUUCUUGACAUUCCCAAUAGGAGCAGUAGAAGGAGUUUUAGAAGGAAACUCUGGAUUGUGUCCGUCUCGGCUAAGUUGUUGUAACAACUAUGCUGUUGGUCCAUAUUAUUUGACGACUGCCGAUACUAGUUUGUGUGUCCGUGGUGUGAGAAGAAUAAGAAUAUGCGACCCUAAGUCCCCAAUAAUGGAGGACAAAUCAGGCAAUGGAUAUGCAAAGGGUAGAACCAAGUUCAUGGUUGCCGAUGACUUGUCUGUGAAACCUUUAUCAUCUCACAAUGUUUUAUCCCCUUUAACUGAAUUCAAGGUGCCUUACCAUGACUUGGAGCAAAGAACAAUCUGCAUUGCGGUACGAGAGGUUGUGAGCAUCCUUAAAGCUUCCAUGGUUUCAAAAUCAGCUUUGACAAUUGGCCUGAAAGAAUUUUUAUCAAAUAAUGUUAAGAAGAAGGGGAAACAAAGACGCUAA